GGAGGAGGGGCGCCGGUGACGCUGCGGGAGCCGCUGCCAGCGCCGGACGGAGUCGGCGGCCGGGCGGAGGACGGGCAGGCCGACCCUCGGACGCAGCCCCGGGCCGAGCCGCGGGCUUCCUGGCGAGGCCGGGCGGCCGCGAGCCCCGGCGGGAAGAUGUUCAACGUGGAGUCCCUGGAGCGGGUGGAGCUGUGCGAGAGCCUCCUUACUUGGAUCCAGACAUUUAAUGUGGAUGCACCAUGCCAGACCGUGGAAGAUUUAACGAAUGGGGUUGUGAUGGCCCAGGUUCUCCAAAAGAUAGAUCCUGCAUAUUUUGAUGAAAAUUGGCUAAACAGAAUCAAAACUGAAGUAGGAGAUAAUUGGAGGCUAAAGAUAAGCAAUUUAAAGAAAAUUUUGAAAGGAAUCCUGGAUUACAAUCAUGAGAUUUUAGGGCAGCAAAUUAAUGACUUUACCCUCCCUGAUGUGAACCUUGUUGGGGAGCAUUCUGAUGCCGCAGAGCUGGGAAGGAUGCUCCAACUCAUUUUAGGCUGUGCUGUGAACUGUGAACAGAAGCAAGAGUACAUCCAAGCCAUCAUGAUGAUGGAGGAAUCUGUCCAACACGUUGUCAUGACAGCCAUCCAGGAGCUGAUGAGUAAAGAGUCUCCUGUCUCUGCUGGGAAUGAUGCCUAUGUUGACCUUGAUCGCCAGCUGAAGAAAACUUCAGAGGAACUGAAUGAAGCUUUGUCGGCCAAGGAAGAAAUUGCUCAAAGGUGCCAUGAGUUGGAUCUGCAGGUUGCAGCAUUGCAAGAGGAGAAAAGUAGUCUGUUGGCAGAGAAUCAGGUAUUAAUGGAAAGGCUGAAUCAGUCUGAUUCUAUAGAAGACCCUAACAGUCCAGCAGGAAGAAGGCAUCUGCAGCUCCAGACUCAGUUAGAACAGCUCCAAGAAGAAACAUUCAGACUUGAAGCAGCCAAAGAUGACUAUCGAAUACGCUGUGAAGAGUUACAGAAGGAGAUGUCUGAACUUCGGCAGCAGAACGAUGAACUGACCACUUUGGCAGAUGAUGCUCAGUCUCUAAAAGAUGAAAUAGACGUUCUUAGACAUUCUUCUGAUAAAGUGUCUAAACUAGAAGGCCAAGUGGAAUCAUAUAAAAAGAAGCUAGAAGAUCUUGGUGAUUUGAGGCGGCAGGUUAAACUCUUAGAAGAGAAGAAUACUAUGUAUAUGCAGAACACAGUUAGCCUAGAGGAGGAGCUGAGAAAAGCCAACGCGGCUCGAAGUCAACUCGAGACGUAUAAGAGACAGGUAGUAGAACUGCAAAAUAGAUUAUCUGAAGAAUCGAAGAAAGCAGAUAAAUUAGAUUUUGAAUAUAAGCGGCUAAAAGAAAAAGUUGACAGUCUUCAAAAAGAAAAGGAUAGGUUAAGAACAGAAAGGGAUUCUCUGAAGGAAACCAUCGAAGAGCUUCGUUGUGUUCAGGCUCAAGAAGGGCAGCUCACAACUCAAGGGUUAAUGCCUCUGGGAAGUCAGGAAUCUUCAGAUAGUCUGGCAGCAGAGAUCGUCACACCUGAAAUCAGGGAGAAGCUUAUUCGUCUUCAGCAUGAGAAUAAGAUGUUAAAAAUUAACCAGGAGGGUUCAGACAAUGAAAAAAUCGCCUUAUUGCAGAGCCUUCUAGAUGAUGCCAGCCUACGCAAGAAUGAACUGGAGACAGAGAACAGGCUGGUGAAUCAAAGACUUCUGGAAGUACAGUCACAAGUCGAAGAAUUGCAAAAAUCUUUACAGGAUCAAGGCUCAAAGGCAGAAGAUUCAGUUCUUCUAAAAAAGAAGCUUGAAGAACAUCUAGAGAAGCUGCAUGAGGCCAAUAAUGAGCUGCAGAAGAAGAGAGCCAUCAUCGAGGACCUUGAGCCGAGAUUUAACAACAGCUCCUUAAAAAUUGAAGAAUUACAAGAAGCUUUACGGAAGAAAGAAGAGGAAAUGAAGCAAAUGGAAGAAAGAUAUAAAAAAUACUUAGAGAAAGCCAAAAGUGUUAUCCGUACUUUAGAUCCUAAACAAAAUCAAGGAGCAGCACCAGAAAUACAAGCUCUUAAAAAUCAGCUCCACGAACGGGAUCGGCAGUUCCAUUCAUUGGAGAAAGAAUAUGAGAAAACAAAGAGUCAAAGAGAGAUGGAGGAGAAAUAUAUUGUUAGUGCCUGGUACAAUAUGGGAAUGACUCUGCAUAAAAAGGCGGCAGAAGACAGACUUGCUAGUACAGGUUCGGGGCAGUCAUUCCUGGCGAGGCAGAGACAAGCCACCAGCACGAGAAGGUCUUACCCGGGCCACGUCCAGCCAGCCACAGCAAGCCCUGGUCUCCUACCCACCCCCCUGCUCAGAUAUGUUUCUCUAAAUGGGAGAGGAAAGUGCCAAGCUUUAAGAAGGAAGUUUUCCAUCUUAUUUUUCUUCAGCAUGCCGUUAUUUUGGUGUUUACGUUCGUAAGUUUCACUCACCUUUACAGUAUCUUUAAAUUUUAGUAUAUUGCUUUCGUGCCAUAGCAGAAACUUUAUUUCUAAACAUUCUGUGAUUUUUUUAAAAAACCAGGAAUAGAACUUGGCUGUCCCAGUGCGGACCCCGUCUCCCUUGCUCAGCUUUGGACAGGAUUUGUAAAUUCCUCUUUCUCUGGUGAUGACACUGGGCACACUGUGGACUCAGCACAGAGUUACUGCGCUAAGGUUGGGGUUGAGCCGUCACCCCCUGUCUGAGUUCUUGUGAACAGAAAGCUUAUUUUCUGUUUUCCCUCUAACCAGGGUGAGAAAAUACAGAGUUAAUAACUAAAGACUACAAAAGCAUGAAAUUUAUAUUCUGUAGUGUGUAUUUAAGAAGUUUGUAAUGGGGAAAAAAAUCCAGCAAAUAUUAUAGUUUACCGCAUCUUAAAAAGAGAGUAAAUAAUACAGCUGUACGUUUCUUAAAAGAACUUGCAAAAACCCGAUCAUACCUUUUUUAGUAUUUGUCUGAUUAUUUAAUAAUAACUAAGAAAAAGAAGUCCCAAAACAAAGGCUCCAUUUUCUAAAAUUGAUCAGCAUUGAAUUAUUUCUGUUUGAUGGCCCAGCCUGGUAAAAUUGGCUAACAAGAUGAUUUAUUAUAAUAAGGAUAAUACUGUCCGCUGUUAUUUUGUUACGGUCUUACUGCUUUGUCUGUAUGAUAAAAGCUCAGUUGUACAAACUUGAGCUAAAUGUUUCCAGUCAGAAACAUCAGCCCAUAUAUAUCAGCAGUCUUCAGCAAGGCGUGAAAACCGGUGCUGUGCAAACAAACCAGCAGUAAGUGAUUGUGAGGGGAAGGGGGAUUUAGGUUGAAGAAAAGGUGCAUUUUAUUUUUGAGCUAUUUUACUCACACUUCCUUUUCAACUGCAGUUUUAUUUAUUCAUAUCUAAUGAUAUGAAAUAUUUUGUAGUGUCUCUUGCUCUCCAACAAGCAUUCAUCUUUUAAAGAUAACACCGUGUUGAAAACUUGAAAAUCUUUAUUCUGAUAUAAGAAUUUUCUUGAAAUAAAAUUCUAAAUUUUUGAAUUUAUCCUAACUCCCUGCAUUUAAUCUCCAGUGGUCCAGAUCUCAGACUCCAGGAGUGUUACACUUUUCCCCAGUUGGAACACAUGAGGUUUAUCUGAAAAAGCGUCCACAACCCACAGAUAGUGUAAACCUAGUUAGUUUACAGCUACCGGGAUAAGAACCUGUGAUCCUAAAGGGAGAGGAAGGUGCUUGGCAUCUUGCUUUUUGCUAGGGGCAAAAUAACAACAUGCUUCUUGUUAUCUGUUCAUUAAACUAUGGGAGCAUGUUUUGACUUUUUAUCCUUGUAUUACAAAGUGACUCUUUGCCUAGAAAUGGCUGUUGAACUGAUGUAGGAUUGUACUCCUUAACAGUGAGUAGGAGUCCUACCCUUACAGGUAGGAAGGACUGUACAGAACAAAAUAAGAUGGGAUCUCAGAAUCUUUGAAAAUUAUUUUAGCAUGUUUUUAAAUUUUUCCCCUUUUAUAUGUUAAAAGGGUUUUUCCAUUCAAUAAUGAUAAUCUCUUUUCCUAUAGUCCCAGCUGUCAGAAUGGCAGCUUAUUUUAGUAGAUGUGCAACCAACCCAGUUUCACUACAUUUAGAAAGCAGUUUCAGAGCUUAUUCUUUGUAACUAUAAUGAUUCGAAUAUUUUGUAUCAUGAAGUUUUUAUAUGAGGGAGGCCAUUCUCAAUGUAUCUGUCAUCCAGUUUUUUACUUUGUAUAAAGUAUAUUUAAAUAAUAAUUGGUGUAUGUUUAUUUUAUGGAAAAAUUUGAAAAUAUUUUAGUGUCCAAUUUAAGCAAGAUAAUUUUAUUGUUCUAAAGUUGUGCAAUAAAUACUGUUUCUUUCUCAGAAGCCUAAAAAACAUAAAAUAAUUUGCUACUGACACAGCUAAUUUCUGCCCCUCCCCAUCCCCCUAAAUCACAGAAGUAUCAAUAUUUAUCUCCCUUUUUAUAAAAUGAAGAACGGCACAAAUAUGAUGACAUCCAUCUCUUUUAAAUCACUGAUUAUGUUCUUGGAAAAUACGUACUGAUAAUUUUGUUUUUAAACAGCCUUUUAUCAAUCCAAUUCCCAUGUAUUUAUAAAUAUAAAAACUUUAAAACUUAUAUUUAAUGUUAUCUUGAAGUAUGCUUGAAUUCUUCACACUGCACUUAAAAUGAUAGAGAAAGGGACAUUAGUUUACUUGAGAAAUAAGAGGCCCGAACCUAAUUAUGGCAAGUAUAUGAGUUUUAGCAGUUGCGGUCUAUGGAUGUUUCCUAACAAUUCUAUUUCAGCAAUUACGUCUCUCUUCAGUAUUUUUCUGCUUUCUAACAUUUUCCAAUAAUAUUCUGUGAGAUAGGUUUGUAUGCUGUAUAUAAGUGAACGUAGAAAUCGGAAAUUAACCGAAGGCUGUCAAGGCAGAUCCAUUCCCAGUGAGUAGAAUCGAUUAUCGGAAAAAGAAGAGGCCUAAUUUUGAACAAAUAUCCAGGCAGAUAGAAGUGCUAACACUGUUAAACCUAUACUUGUCUUAACAAAUGUUCCUAAAGUAAUAGUUUGCAUAAAAUCUCCUGAUCUUAUUACAUGAUCAUUCAAUAAGAAAGAGUAGACAAAAAAUAACUUAUAUUCUAAUUGUCCUUCCCUUCAGUGGAGAUUAACUGGACACCCAGUAUUAACUGUACAUGGUUAUGAGUGGAGGGGAAAGCAUCUAUUUUCAUUUUGAAACUGUUAACCCAUUACUAAAUCUAAGAUAGUGAUUUAAAGCCAUGAGGACAGGAUGAUCUGAUGAGAUGGGAAGAAAUCUGUGGUGGCUGAAACUCACUACCAACUUCCUAGCAGUUACCUAGGUCCGCUGCUGUGUCUAGUUUGCAAACCAUGUCUCCCUUAAUUAUACGUAGUAGCCCCACAGAAAAUUUUGUUUAAAAUGAAGACAAGAGUAGACUUUAUAUAUAUGUGUGUGUGUGUGUGUGUUUAUAUAUUCAAGGAGAGCCUUUAUAUACCUAAUACAUUACUGCCAGGCUCUGAAUUAGAUGUUUAGGGUCUGCAGAUGAAAUCAUCAGAGAAGGUGUCCGUAGCCUCAAAAUUUAAGGACAAUGGGGCUAUCAAAUAUCCUAAAUUAUAUUGACUCAGAGCUUAAAAGAAUAAUUAAAUAUCACGAGAAGAGCAAUCUCAAAGUGAGAAAAAGAAAAUUACCAAAGCAUGCUGAGGCUUUAAUGUGUGUGGGAGACUUCUGCGCAGGCACCGUUGCCUUAGAGAUCUCUAAAUUGACAAAGGAAAAUAAUUUGAUUAGCAUUGAUACUGUAAAAGUUAUAAAAGGGACUCAUGUUUAUUCUCGGUGUAUUUGUCAACCUAUGGACAGUGAGUACUGUAUAUAUAUUCUAUAGUGUGCUUAUUUCAUAGAUGUCACUGUUAGAGAUGAAUGUCUUAAUAUUAUUUACUACUUCUACUCACUUAUGUAUUAUUUAUACUUUACUGCAAGAUUCACAGCACUUUACUAAUAUUAGAUAAUUAUUUUCCUUCUACCUUUCUGUGGUAUUUUCUAUUUACAUCUUUUCCACUGGGGUUCUUUUCCUUAUUUUGGAACACUCACUAAGAAAAAUGUAAAAGAUUGCCCAAAUAAAUAGACUAUGUACUGUUCCUGAAAUGUUUAAAGUCAGAUCUGAAGUUCUAAGUUUAGAACUCUAUUUGAAGCUGGGUUGGGGCUACUAGGCAUGAAUUACAUUUUAUAUUUCACAUUAAUAAGACUCGUAAGUUAGUACUCGUGAAGCCAAGUUCUCUCAAAUGCAGACACACUUAAAACUUUUUGUUGAAAACAAAAGUUGCAUUAAUACAAAGUAAACAGUCUUCUGGUUCAUCAGAAGAUGCUCUUACCUUCCAUUUACCUGUCUCCUAAAAUACAAACCUGCAAACUGUCCUUCACUUUCAUAGUUUCUUCAACAUUGCAUGUACUCAAACACAGGAGAAACAAAGCCAGGUUCCAGGAGCUGUGAAGUCCAAGAAUCUGGAAAGUGGUGGGGGUGAGGUGAUGGGAAAAGGCAGACACUAACAAGGGCAGGAUGCUACAAAAAUAGUCUGAGUUCUACUAUAACGUAUGCUUUAUGAACAUUGCUUCACAAUGGUGUGUUAGUUUCUGCUUUAUAACAAAGUGAAUCAGCUACAGAUAUACACACGUUCCCAUAUCUCCUCCCUCCUGCAUCUCCCUCCCUCCCACCCUCCCCAUCCCACCCCCCCAGGCGGUCACAAAGCACCGUGCUGAUCUCCCUGGGCUAUGCGGCUGCUUCCCACUAGCUAUCUAUUUUACAUUUGGUAGUGUAUAUAUGUCCAUACCACUCUCUCAUCAGCUGAUUCUUUUGAGAGAUGCUUUGAGGAGUCAGGACUCUCCCGCUUGUACUUGAGUAUAUCUGCGUUCCAACCCGAGUCAAAAGAGAGUGAGAUAUUUGUUGUUACGUAAACACCGACACAAAUGAUUGCUGCCAAAUAGGGAGAUUUGCUCGUAAGAACUGUCUCUUAAAGUUUUUUAUUUUGCGUUUCUGGAUGAGAGAAAUGCUUUUAUGGUGUGAAGAGUUUCUGUAGUGCUUUCUUCUGCGUUACCCCUCCCCUGCUCUGCUGGUGUGCUUGGCGUGGGCAGGUCACCUAGAAGAGAGAAGCACAAAUAGAGAAGGCUAGACUCUGACCUUUGAGGGAAGAGCCGCUUUUUAUCCUCCCCGAGUAAAAAAGUAAAAAUGAAACACACCUGUACACACACACACACACACACACACACACAGUCACACUCACACACAAGGACGAAAUGGUAAGUGGGUAAGUCACCUUCUAAAUGUCUUUAGCAUCCGUUGGCUUCUUGUUAAUCUAGUUAAGAGUAGAUUCUAGACCUGCAUUGUCCAAUUCACUAGCCAGUUCACAGCCACAUAUGCUAAUUUAAAUUAAGUAAAGUGAAGAAUUCAGUUCCCCAAUCCCCCAGCCACAUUUCAAGUGCUCAGAAGCCACCCGUGGAAAGUGUGUUACCAUUCUGGACAGCACAGAUAUAGAACAUUUCCAUCGUUGCAGAAAAUGCUUUUGACAGUGCUGUGGUGCCCAAAGAGAGAAUAAGGACAAAAUAAAGAUACUCGGUUGACUUAUGAUACUCUUGGAUUUUACCGGCAUCAUUAAAGAAAGCUAUUUUUCUUAUAAAAAUUAAUACCAGCCCUUUUAAAAGACGCUGGAAAAAUCAAAACCCCAUUCUUUGAAACUAGUUUUCAAUGUAUUUUUUAAACAGAUUCUUAGUACUUUACUUUUUAAGUGAUAUUAUUAAAUAACUUCAUAAAUCAUAACUUAGUAUCUUCAGGUUUUUUCCUUUUUUAAGUAGUCUUUUAAAAUUGAUGAUACAUCGUUUCUAACAUUUAUCCAGCAGAAACUGAUGAAUGCUUAACUUACUUACAAGUAAAAGUUGAUAAACAUCAUAUCCCUCUGUUUUGUUACCUUUAAAUCUUUCUAUUUUGUUACUUUUAAAUCUGUAUAGAUCUAAGGAGAGUUGCCAACAGUUUUUUUGUUUCUGCCCCUAAAAUCACACUUGAUCAUCUUCUACCUUAAAGGUAUAUCAAGAUCCAAAUAGUUUCUUUGAUUUUCUUCAUAGUUUCUUGCUCUUAAUUACUUAGAUUAUAAAGCAAAUUAAGUUUCAUGUGUGAAGCAAAGAUUUUAUUCCAGCAACUUAAUGAAACAUUUUUUUAAGAUUUAUUAAUUGACUUGGCCUAUUACUAAAGUGCUUAACGUAACUAAAAGGAUCUACACAGAUGCAUCUUUGAAUUUUUUAGUGAAUGUAAGAGACUAAUCGUAACUCUUUGGAGUCAGCUUGGUACUUAGUGAAAACUAUCCCGUUAGGCAGUCAGAUGCUUUCCUCUUUGUUUUUAAAUUUUUUAAUCAAGCUGCAGACUUGAUCCAGUAGUGUCAAAUUCCAGGCAACUAUAAUGAAAUUCUUAUUGUUAUUCAAGUACAGAUGAGUAAAUGGUGUGAUUUGAGUUUGUUUUAUUAUUUUCAUGGUGGUCUAAUUUAAUGUGUGUUCUGCAGAGACUCAUAUUACUAGUUAAGGGAAAUUUUCAAUAUGCUUGAAAUAAGAAAGAACAUGCUAGUAUAAAUACAGGAAAUGACUGUACACAAAUGCCAAUCAAUCAUUUGGGGGCUUUUAAUUUUUUUAAUAGUAGUCUUUUGGUUUUUUAAUAGCCUUAGUUAUUUAAAAUUCAGAUGCACUGAAAUGCCAUUGCUGUCACUAGCUGUUUACAGAUUAUGUGUAAUUCAUAAAGUUUUGUACUCAGAAGAAUAAUUUCCAGGUUUACUCUUGUUUUGCAGUUUUCAUGUUUUGACAAUUGCCCCACCGUUUAUAACACCCAAUUUCUAGUUGUGUAAUGAAUGGUAAAAUUCAAACAUAUCUAAUUUAAUAAUUUGCCUUAUUUUGAUUAACAAAUUCUAUCAAAGAUUUGGGGAUAGAAAGAGGCUUUUUUCCCUGUAGUAUUUUUUGAGCUUUUCAGAUGCGCUGGAAACACCUUAGUCCAUUGGAGGUGGGGCUGUGCUGGUUACACUCCCAGCUCCAAAGCCUUACACUCGUGUCUCAAGUAUUACUGAUUGUUCUGUGAAGUGUUAGUUUGAUAUUUGACAUUGUAGUUAUCCACCUUGCAGUUUAGCCUUUGCAAAAAGGAUAUUGCCAGGUAUGUUCUUAUUUCUGGUUGACUAUUGAAUUCGUAAUUUCAUGAUUUCAUUCUUAGUCAUAAUCCAAAAAGGAAAUCCACGUGGGACUCUAAAUUUCUCUCUCACCUCACAAAUGGAAUCAAUACAGUUUUAACAACAUUGUACAUAAAUGGCAUCCAAGCAGUUUUCCAUCUGUUUACCGAGUUUACCAAUCAUUUACUCUGUGUUAGACUUGUGGGUUUUCUCACUAUUUUUCUGAGGUAAAUGACUUGUGAGAGAGCCUCAGUAAGAAAUUUUCACCAAAAUCUAAAAAAUGUAAAGUCCAAGAAAUCACCAGAAGACAGAUUUUUAAUUUUUUGAAAUCUUAUAUUGUAUUUCCUUUUGAUAUCACUUAUUCAUUUUAAUUUUAUGACUGCCAACUUGUUAUGGUAUUAAUUAUAUGUAUAUGUUUAUAUGUAUGCAUAUAGUAUAUGUAUAUGAAGAAUAAAGUUAAGAUUUGGUCAAACUAUAUUUUCCCAUUCAAGUACAAAAAUGUUUUCAAGGCUGCAGGAAGUGUACAGUUGUCAUACAAGUUGUAAAUAAAGACUUGUAUAAAAAUUCA